AUGCUUACACUAAUUUUGAGUCAUUUGAAAUUGGUGUUAGGUUUCCUUUUUUACAAGCUUCAAGAACCUGAUUUGUCAAAUAUUGGAGAAGAAAAUGUUGAAUGUGCUGUGUGUUUAUGCAAGAUUGGAGAAGGAGAAGUUCUUAAAGUACUGAGGUGUGAACAUGCUUUUCACGAAGAUUGCAUAGAUAAAUGGAUUAGUAUAAAAAAUUCAACUUGUCCUCUUUGUAGAGAAUCUGUUAGUGAGGUUGGAGCACAAGUUUUAUUAUUUGAGUUUUGUUCAGUUCAUGCUAAGAAUGAUGAUGGUGACAGUUGGUGGCUACGCUGA